AUGUAUGAUGGUUAUUGUAUAGAGCUAUUAAAGAGAAUAUCCUACUUAUUAGACUUUGACUACAUAUUAUAUGAUAGUCCGGACGGCAUGUACGGCUCAAUGGAUGACGAUGGUAACUGGAAUGGCGCAAUUAAAGAACUAAUCGAUAAGAAAGCAGAUAUCGCAGUUGGUCCGAUAUCCGUAAUGGCAGAACGAGAAAAUGUGGUUGAUUUUACGGUACCUUAUUACGAUCUGGUUGGUUUGACCAUCUUGAUGAAGAAGCCGGAAUUUGAUUAUACUCUUGGAAAGUUCCUGACAGUGUUGGACGAAGAUGUCUGGUUCUGCAUCAUUGGAGCUUUCUUCUUGUUCAGCAUUCUUAUCUGCGUCUUUGAUAAGUUAAGCCCGUUCAGCUACCAGAAUAACACUGUGGACUGGAAUGGCGAAGGCACAGAACCAAGAGUCUUUACCCUCAAGGAAGGAAUUUGGUUUUGUAUGAUGUCUUUGACACCCCAGGGAGGUGGAGAGACACCACGAGCCCUGUCUGGUAGAUUAGUAGCUGCUACAUGGUGGUUGUUUGGAUUUAUCAUCAUUGCCACCUACACCGCUAACUUGGCUGCUUUCCUGACGGUUUCUCGAUUGGAAACACCUAUUGAAUCCUUGGAUGACCUUUCCAAACAGUUCAAGGUUAAAUAUGCGCCAAUGAAUGGCAGUAAUGCUUUGAUUUAUUUCAAAAGAAUGCAAGAAAUUGAACAUAGAUUUUAUGGUAUUUGGAAGAACAUGAGUUUAGAUGAUAAUCUAGGAGCUGUAGAACGAGCGAAACUGGCUGUCUGGGACUAUCCUGUUAGUGAUAAAUAUACCAAACUAUGGGAGACCAUGUUAGAAUCGGAAUUCCCUUCUAAUAAAGACGAAGCUGUAGAAAGAGUUCUGACCGGAGAGUUUGCAUAUAUUGGUGAUGCCACAGUAAAUAAAUAUGCUAAACUAACAAAUUGUGACCUAUGGGAAGUUGGAGAGGAGUUCUCUAGGAAACCAUAUGCUCUGGCUGUACAAGAAGGAUCGCCUUUAAGAAGUCAGUUGUCUACAAUAAUUCUUCAGUUGAUCAAUCAGCGAGAAUUAGAAGAAUAUAAAACAAAAUGGUGGAAGAAAGAUAAAAGAGAUUGUCCUGAUAUUGAAGAUGAGAGUAACGGAAUCAGUAUAAAGAAUAUCGGCGGUGUUUUCCUGGUCAUUGUGAUUGGUUCAGCUCUAGCUCUCAUCACCCUGGCUAUAGAAUGUUAUUGGUGA